AUGUUAUAUGGGCAUCAUCAACGAAUCACGUGCACCAAAAAUGUUCCACGAGCACAACAACGUUCCACGAGCACAAACAACGUUCCACGAGCAAAAAACAACGUUCCACGAGCACAAACAACGUUCCACGAGCAAAAAACAACGUUCCACGAGCACAAACAACGUUCCACGAGCACAAACAACGUUCCACGAGCACAAACAACGUUCCACGAGCACAAACAACGCUCUACGAGCAUAAACAAUGUUCCACGAGCACAAACAGCGUUCCACGAGCACAAGCAACGUUCCACGAGCACAAACAACAUUCCACGAGCACAAACAAUGUUCCACGAGCACAAACAAUGUUCCACGAGCACAAACAACGUUCCGCGAGCACAAACAACGUUCCAUGGGCACAAACAACGUUCCACAAGCAAAAAACAACGUUCCACGAGCACAAACAACGUUCCACGAGCACAAGCAACGUUCCACGAGCACAAGCAACGUUCCGCGAGCACAAGCAACGUUCCGCGAGCACAAACAACGUUCCACGAGCACAAACAACGUUCCACGAGCAAAAAACAACGUUCCACGAGCACAAACAUCGUUCCACGAGCACAAACAACGUUCCACGAGCACAAACAACGUUCCACGAGCACAAACAACGUUCCACGAGCACAAAUAACGUUCCACGAGCACAAACAACGUUCCACGAGCACAAACAACGUUCCACGAGCACAAACAACGUUCCACGAGCACAAGCAACGUUCCGCGAGCACAAGCAACGUUCCGCGAGCACAAACAACGUUCCACGAGCACAAACAACGUUCCACGAGCAAAAAACAACGUUCCACGAGCACAAACAUCGUUCCACGAGCACAAACAACGUUCCACGAGAACAAACAACGUUCCACGAGCACAAACAACGUUCCACGAGCACAAACAACGUUCCACGAGCACAAACAACGUUCCACGAGCAAAAAACAACGUUCCACGAGCACAAACAUCGUUCCAAGAGCACAAACAACGUUCCACGAGCACAAACAACGUUCCACGAGCACAAACAACGUUCCACGAGCACCAGCAGUAAUGCUCACAUGCUCCAUAUCUAAGCUCCACAGCAAAGACCAAGCCUAA